CAUGUGAGUAUCUGGCCAUAAAGUACCAAAAGUAAUUACUAGUACUCGGAAUUAAUUAUUGAGAUGGUUUAAAGUAGAGGAUAGUGAGAAUUUCCUAUAAAUUUCAUCGGAGUUGUUCCUCUUGCUUCUGGUUUUAUCUCAAACCAAAUUUCCAGAUGGACAUAGUCUACCUAGGGUUUUGUGAAGAACGAUGAUAUAUUUCGUUUUGGAUUAUAAAGUUGGCUAAGCUUGUGGUAAAAGUUGAUGGUUUGAUGCGGAAUACAACAUCGAAAAGUUCGUGAUUCUUUGGUUAUUUAAAUCUUGAUGGCGCAUAUUUUUUUUUUUCUUGGUUACAUGAAUACAUUUGUCUAAAUAUCUGAAAGAAAAUCUGAAGUUGAUCACAUUCCAUUGCACUCAUCAGAGGAGUUUUAACAGAGUCCAUCACAUAUUUUAUUUUAUUUUUCUAAUAGAGUCAAUCAUACGAAAGAAUCUAUAAAGCCAACGAUAAUAAUGAUUUUUUAAAAAAUGUUACAGAAGUUAAUAAAAUUUGAGACUAGUAAACGUACGAAAUAUUUUAGAAGAAUUGAAUCAGUUAGUGCAAGAAAAUCUGGAGUUGAUCACAUUCCAUUGCACUUCGACAAAUCAACCGACAACUUGAGGCAAGACUAGCUAUGUCACAUACCAACUUAGGGUUUUCUAAUUCCUCUUCUUAACUUCUUUUUAAAGAGAACCAGUGAAGCACAAUUAACCCAUUACUUACAACACAAACUAGCUCCAAAGAUAGAUAUGAUGACUCGAAGCCAUUGUUAUUGGGUUUCUUGUAUUAUUACCAUCUAUUUCUCCCUCCUUAUACACUCUCUAGCUUUUCCUUUGCUCCACUUUUGCCGCCACGACCAAAGGAACGGUCUUUUGAAAUUCAGAGACGAGUUUCCGAUCUUUGAGGCUAAAUCAAGUCCGUGGAAUGAGAGCACUGAUUGUUGUUUUUGGGAGGGUGUCAAGUGCGAUGAUAAAUCUGGCCAGGUGAUAUCACUCAACCUUCAUAACACCCUUCUCAACAACUCUUUGAAAACUAACAGUAGCCUUUUUAAACUCCAAUAUCUUCGUCACCUAGACCUUUCUAGUUGCAAUCUCAUAGGAGAGAUUCCUUCUUCACUAGGAAACCUUUCUCGUCUGGUAAAUCUUGAACUUUCUUCUAAUAGAUUGGUCGGUGCGAUUCCGGAUUCAAUAGGCAACCUAAAGAAUCUAAGAAACCUUAGCCUUGGAGAUAACGAUCUCAUAGGAGAAAUUCCUUCUUCCAUAGGAAACCUUUCUCUUCUCUUAGAUCUUGACCUUUGGAGUAAUCAUUUGGUAGGUGAAGUUCCAUCUUCCAUCGGAAACCUAAACGAACUAAGAGUCAUGUCACUUGACCGUAACAGCUUAAGUGGCAGCAUUCCUAUUUCAUUUGCUAAUUUAACGAAGCUUUCCGAUUUUAGCAUCUUCUUUAAUAAACUCACAUCACUUCCAUCUGACAUGAGUGUCUUCCAAAACUUGGUGACUUUUGAUAUUAGUGCAAACUCAUUUUUCGGGCCUUUCCCUAAAUCUUUGUUCUCGAUUCCUUCGUUAACAUUGGUUUAUAUGGAUAGAAACCAAUUCACAGGACCUAUAGAGUUUGCUAAUAUAUCUUCAUCAUCUAAGCUUCAGAAUCUAAUUCUUACUCAUAACCGAUUAGAUGGCUCAAUCCCAGAAUCCAUAUCGAAAUUUCUCAACCUCGUAGUGUUAGAUGUUGCCCACAACAAUAUCAGUGGACCAAUCCCUAGGUCUAUGUCAAAGUUAGUUAACCUCCAUAUGUUUGGUUUUUCCAACAACAAGUUGGAAGGUGAGGUACCAAGUUGGUUGUGGAGAUUGUCGUCAGCGAUGCUGUCUCACAAUUCUUUUAGCAGUUUUGAAAAAAUAUCUUCAAAAGAAACACUGAUCCAAGUGUUGGAUCUGAGUUUCAAUUCAUUCCGAGGACCAUUUCCCAUUUGGAUCUGCAAGCUGAAAGGGUUACACUUCUUAGAUUUGUCCAACAAUCUCUUCAACGGCUCGAUUCCUUUAUGUUUAAGGAAUUUCAAUCUCACGGGGCUAAUUCUUGGGAACAACAACUUCAGUGGAACUCUUGAUCCUGAUUUAUUUUCCAGUGCUACCAACUUACAAUCUUUGGACGUAAGUCGCAACCAGCUCGAAGGGAAGUUUCCCAAGUCUUUGAUCAACAGCAAACGUCUGCAUUUUGUGAAUGUGGAAAGCAACAAAAUCAAGGAUAAGUUUCCAUCUUGGUUGGGAUCUCUACCAUCUUUAAAAGUUCUCAUCCUUCGAUCAAACGAGUUCUACGGUCCGUUGUAUCAUCCCAACAUGUCCAUUGGGUUUCAGGGUUUAAGAAUCAUUGAUAUAUCAAACAAUGGCUUCACUGGAACACUCCCACCUCAGUUUUUUUCCAGUUGGCGUGAAAUGAUUACAUUAGUCGAUGGAAGUCACGAGUACAUUGAAGAUAUCCAGAAUUUUUCUCUUAUUUAUCGCUCCAUGGAAAUGGUGAAUAAAGGAGUAGAGAUGAGUUUUGAGCGGAUCCGACAAGACUUCAGAGCCAUUGAUUUUUCGGAAAACAGGAUAUAUGGGAAAAUACCUGAAUCCAUUGGUUGUUUGGAGGAACUGCGUCUUCUUAACUUGUCAGGUAACGCUUUCACAAGCGAUAUCCCACGGGUCUGGGCAAAUCUGACAAAGCUCGAGACGUUAGACCUAUCACGUAACAAGCUGUCAGGUCAAAUCCCACAAGAUCUUGGUAAACUCUUCUUUCGGUCAUACAUGAACUUCUCUCAUAACCUUCUCCAAGGUCCAGUGCCAAGAGGCACGCAGUUUCAAAGGCAGAGAUGUUCUUCAUUCUUGGACAACCAUGGACUCUACGGUCUCGAAGAUAUCUGUGGGGAAACUCAUGUCCCGAAUCCUACAUCACAGCAACCCGAGGAGUUGUUAGAGGAUGAAGAAAAAAUGUUUAACUGGGUAGCAGCUGCAAUAGCCUAUGGACCUGGUGUAUUUUGUGGUUUGGUGAUUGGAUACAUAUUCACUUCACAUAAUCAUGAAUGGUUCGCUGAAAAGUUCGGUCGAAAAAAACUUAGAGCCAACACAAGUGCUCGUUAAGCCCAUCUCUUGCAAUCUCUCUAAGCAUUAUUGUGUAACGUCUUGUGCAUGUUCGUAUUGAAUUUUCCAUUCCAGGUGUAUUCUCCAAAAGACUCGUUUGUGUUUGUAAUUUUCUAUUUUUGUGGUUUUUGUAAUAAACGUACUGUAUUUGGUGGUAUUUAAUAUAUCUGGCUUUAAAAUGUA